AUGGAGACAUGGGCGCUGCAGGUUCUCCUGGUUCUCUGUCUCCUCCUGCCGCCACACGGGGCCUCUGCCGGCAGCCUACACAGCCCAGGCUUGUCUGAAUGCUUCCAGGUGAACGGCGCCGACUACCGCGGCCACCAGAACCACACGGCCCCGAGCGGGGUCGGCCGCCCCUGCCUCUUCUGGGACCAGACGCAGCAGCACAGCUACAGCAGCGCGAGUGAUCCCCAGGGCCGCUGGGGGCUGGGCGCGCACAACUUCUGCCGGAACCCAGAUGGGGAUGUGCAGCCCUGGUGCUACGUGGCCGAGACAGAAGAGGGUAUCUACUGGCGCUACUGCGACAUCCCCACAUGUCACAUGCCCGGGUACCUGGGCUGCUUCGUCGACUCCGGGACGCCCCCAGCCCUCAGCGGCCCCAGUGGCACCUCCACAAAGCUCACUGUCCAGGUGUGCCUGCGCUUCUGCCGCAUGAAAGGCUAUGAGCUGGCAGGGGUGGAGGCUGGCUAUGCCUGUUUCUGUGGCUCUGAAAGCGACUUGACCCGGGGACAUCCAGCCCCAGCCACCGACUGCGACCAGAUCUGUUUUGGCCACCCGGGCCAGCUGUGUGGCGGCGACGGGCGUCUGGGUAUCUAUGAAGUAUCGGUGGGCGCCUGUCAGGGAAGCUGGACAGCGCCUCAGGGCGUCAUCUACUCCCCGGACUUCCCGGACGAGUAUGGGCCAGACCGGAACUGCAGUUGGAUGCUAGGCCCGCCGACCACCGCUCUGGAGCUCACCUUCCGCCUCUUCGAACUGGCCGACCCACGCGACCGGCUGGAGCUGCGCGACGCUACCUCGGGCCGCCUACUGCGCGCCUUUGACGGCGCUCGCCCGCCGCCGCCAGGGCCCCUACGUCUGCAAACCGCUGCGCUGCUGCUCACCUUCCGUAGCGACGCGCGGGGCCAUGCGCAGGGCUUCGCGCUCACCUACCGCGGCCUGCCGGACGCCCCUGAGAAGCACUCGCCCACCAGGGGCUCGGGGCAGAGCCCCACCACACUCCCUGACCGGGCCAACGCCAGCUGCAGCCCUAGCCCUGGUCCCCUGGAGUCUGCGAUGGGCGGUGAGGCCAGCGGUCAGGCUCGCGUCUUCCCCUCGGUGACGGCAGUCUCCUUGCUACUGCUGCUGCUUCUCUCGCUGCUUCGUCUGCUGAGCCGAAGGAGCUGUCUACUGACACCAGGGAAAGGACCUCUGGCAUUGGGACCUUCACGGGGUCCCGGGAGAAGCUGGACCGUAUGGUACCGCCGGCCCCGAGGGGUGGCCCUGCCGUGCCCUCCGGGGGACCCCCAGACCGAGGGUCCAGCUGCACUCUACCGGCCUCUGAGCAGUUCCAAACAGAGCUCUCUGCACUCUCUUAUCUCUGCUCUCUGA